AUGAAGGUCAUUGAGAAUUGGGUGGCCGAAUUCUUCCUCCGUCGCCAACAAAAUCCUCGAGUUUCCGGUAGACGACUGCUCUCGGCUCUGAAAUCGGAAGACGUUGUCAAGCUCAAGAUAACUGCCGUUUUGCGGGACAUUUCGAAUUCGUUGAUUCAAGGUAAGGUCGACGAGGAAUUGCUGGAUCUCCUCGAGAUUCUAGAGAAGCUGCUGCGGCAGGGAGAUAAAGAUUCGGCAAUCAUGGGGCCUCACAAGUCUGCGUAUUGCUGCACGGCUGUCGAAUGCACACUUAGAUUCAUGUUGCCAAUGACUGCUUCGGAGGGUUUCUUCAGCGACGCCCUCGAGAGGAUUUGGAAGAAGCGGAUUGGGGAAUUGAAGGAAAGGAAGAGCGAGUUGGUGACUCCUGAGUUGUUGAAAUGGGAGAGUGAUCUGAAGUUGGCGUUUGAGGAACCUGAGAUGUACCUGAAGAUCCGUGAGAGUAACAUCAGGUACAAUGCCAUCUCUCAUCUCAAUCAGAUUCUCAAAGAGCAGUGGGCUCUACUUGGGUGUUCCUCUCUUGAAUCAGAAGCUCGAAAAAUGCUUCUUAAGGGCAAGGAGUCAAAUGCAAACAGUGGAGAAAGUGACAGGAUUGAGAGAGAGGCUAGAAAUGGAACCAGUAGAGGUGUAGUUAAUGGCGUUGAGGUUGAGGAACAUGAGGCAAGUCUUAAUAAUGGGGACAAAAGAGUGGCUAGAGAGCUUAAAGAUUGUUUGUUGGAGAUUCAAGGAGUGAUCGACCCUUCCACUAGGCAAGGGAAAGAAACGAACAAUGUUAGUGACCAACCAGUUGAUGUCUCUCGCCAGGCAGAUCGGGGGAAGAGGAGUGAAAGAGGAGGAGGUCAAGCAGAAGGUAGUGAGGGAACAUCUUCAUCAUCGUCUGGAAGAGUUCGGCCUCAUCUACCAACCCCGCAACCUCUGAAUGUAUCACCGUUGAAGAAAAAUGUUAAACGUCCCAGAAGGCCAGUCAAAUUCUGGUCGCGUGAGGAAGAGGAAGCUUUGACGGAAGGAGUCAAAGAGCACGGAAGAGCGUGGAAAUAUAUCAAGAACUCAAAUCCUCUUGUGUUCGCUGAUAGGACUGAGGUGGAUUUGAAGGAUAAGUGGAGGAAUCUACUCGGUCGGUAG